AUGAACGAAAAUCUAUUCUCCUCUUUCACUACCCCAACAAUAAUGGGCCUACCCAUCGUUGUACUAAUUAUCAUAUUCCCAAGCAUACUAUUCCCCUCACCAAAUCGAUUGAUUAGUAAUCGCCUAGUCUCACUUCAACAAUGACUAGUCCAACUAACAGCAAAACAAAUACUGACCAUCCACAGUCGUAAAGGACAGACAUGAGCCCUAAUACUAAUAUCUUUAAUUAUAUUUAUUGGCUCAACUAAUCUACUCGGAUUACUCCCACACUCAUUCACACCCACAACACAACUCUCUAUAAACCUAGGAAUAGCCAUCCCCCUGUGGGCAGCUACUGUGGUAGUUGGAUUCCGACAUAAGACAAAGGCAUCCCUAGCUCACUUUCUACCCCAAGGAACACCUCUUCCCCUGAUCCCUAUGCUCGUAAUUAUUGAAACUAUCAGCCUAUUCAUUCAACCUGUGGCCCUGGCCGUACGACUCACAGCCAACAUUACUGCAGGCCACCUAUUAAUGCAUCUGAUCGGAGGAGCGGCCCUAGCCCUAAUAAAAAUCAACACCUCCAUUGCUCUCAUUACCUUUGUCGUCCUUGUUCUAUUGACAAUCCUUGAAUUCGCCGUGGCCCUAAUUCAGGCCUAUGUCUUUACCCUACUAGUAAGCCUAUAUCUACACGACAAUACCUAA